AUGGCCGCCGCAGACGCAUCCGAGAAGCUCGCGCUCAUCCGCGAGAAUCUUGCCGAGAUUCUGAACCCGGAGAUUAUCGAGAAGAUUCUGGACGAGGGGCGCCAUCCCAAGAUUUACUGGGGUAUGUUUUGGCUUGUUCUUGUCCUUGCCUUGCCUUGUCUCUUUACCAUUGCAUUGGAGAGGUUGGAGACGGGGGACGAGAGAUGGAAGACGAGAGACGAGAGAUGGGAGACGGGAGGAUCAAUGUGUGUUUGCAUUGCUAACAAUGGGACGUUUUGUUUCUUUUCCUUAGGCACUGCGACAACUGGCCGUCCUCACUGCGGCUACUUUGUUCCCGCCAUCAAAAUCGCCCAGUACCUCGCCGCCGGCUGCCAUGUCACCAUCCUCCUCGCCGACAUCCACGGCUUCCUCGACAACCUCAAGGCCCCCAUCGAGCUGGUCGAGCUGCGCGUCGAGUUCUACCGAUUCGUCAUCAGCGCCAUCUUCAAGGCCGUCGGCGUGUCGACCGAGAAGCUCAAGUUUGUGCAGGGCAGCUCGUACCAGAAGAGCCCCGAAUACAUCAUGGACGUCUACAAGCUGUCGUCGGUCAUCUCAGAGCACGAUGCCAAGAGAGCCGGUGCCGAAGUGGUCAAGCAGACGGACAAUGCGCCUCUGUCCGGCCUGCUCUACCCCAUUCUCCAGGUUCUUGAUGAGCAGUACCUGGAUGUGGAUGCUCAGUUUGGUGGUCUUGAUCAGCGCAAACUGUUCAUCGCUGCCAAGGACUGGCUGCCCAAGCUGGGAUACAAGGAGCGAUGCCACUUGAUGAACCCCAUGGUUCCCGGCCUCAAGGGCGCCAAGAUGAGCUCCAGUGACGAGGACAGCAAAAUCGACCUCCUGGAUGCCCCGGACGUCGUCGCCAAGAAGAUCCGCAAGGCCGUUGCCACCCCCAAGGUGGUUGAGGAAAACGGCAUCCUGGCCUUUGUCGAAUACGUUUUGCUGCCGGUAGCAGCUCUGAAGGGAAAGCGAGAGUUUGUCGUCGACCGUGAGAGAGAUGGCCUGGAGCCAUUGGUUUACAGCAGCAUCUCUCAGAUGCACGAGGAUUACAGAAAUGACGUGCUGUCACCACAAAUUCUCAAGGCGGCCGUCACCAAAUCACUAAACGAGCUGCUGGCCCCGAUCCAGGCAGAGUUCCAAGCGUCAAAAGAGUGGCAGGAGAUUGCCAUCAAGGCCUACCCCCCGCCGGCAAAGAAGGAGAAGAAGGUCAAGGACAAGGGCAGCCGUCACCCUGGAAACGCAAAAGCAAAGGAAGGGCAAAUAGACGUCAAGGACCUGAAGGACGCUGUGAACGAGGUCUAG